AUGUCGCAAACUAAACUGUCAAGAUGCUCACAUUAUAAUGUAUCUGUUCCACAACAUUUUAGCUUUGUGACAAAAAGCAAUCCUGUUUCUAGUGAGAGAUGCGGAACUCCAAACAUGCUUGCUCCUGAACAAGUUUCAUGUAGUUAUUAUGAUCCAUUUAAAUCUGAUGUUUGGCAACUUGGUUUAACUUUAUAUACUAUGUUAACUCAAAAAAUGCCUUACAAAAGCGUCCGAAAAGAUAAAUUGGAACAAGAAGUUGUAAAUUUAAAGAAUGUUUACAAAAGUGUUCCUUAUCCAAAGAAUAUUUUAAUAACAGUUUCUUGUAAAGAACUUAUUGGCGGAAUGCUGGAGUUUAAUUAUAUUAAAAGGUACAAUAUAGAGCAAGUAAAAGAUUCAAAUUGGUUAUUGGACUUUUAA